UCACUUCCAGUGAGCUAUGGCUGCGAUUGUUGCCAUUGCUCGGAAACUAACGCGAACGCCACUAUUUAAAUCUCAAUCUCUGCUACGUGCAUUGUCGACAUCGUUUUCGAGCUCAUCUUUCCAAAAUCCCUCCUUCUCUUCAGCAUUUCAUCGAGCAGGUCUUGUGCAUUCUCAAAUCUUAAGCCAUGUACCACGUUUUGUCUCCUCAUCUCGCUUCUCCACCCAAGUCAUCUCCGAAAUGUUAGAUAUCAACCAAGCCUUGGCCCCGCUGGAACAGGGUCUGAUUGAUUUAAUCAGACAGGUCUCUGAGCUAGCGUCAGAGGCGGAUGCCAUGGCUUCUCUAGAGGACUCAUCAUUUGAUCUAAAUCAUGAUUCUUUCUACUCUUUAAUCUGGGAAUUAAGAGAUGAAUGGAGGCUUGCAUUUCUGGCAUUCAAAUGGGGAGAGAAACGGGGCUGUGAUGAUCAGAAAGCUUGUGAUUUGAUGAUCUGGGUCCUGGGUAAUCAUCAAAAGUUUAAUAUUGCUUGGUGUUUGGUCCGUGAUAUGUUUAAUGUUUCAAGGGAUACUAGAAAGGCCAUGUUUCUCAUGAUGGACAGAUAUGCUGCUGCUAAUGACACUAGCCAAGCUAUUCGGACAUUUGAUAUUAUGGAUAAGUUUAAACACAUUCCUGAUGAUGAAGCAUUUCAAGGAUUAUUAUAUGCCUUGUGUAGACAUGGACACAUUGAAAAAGCUGAAGAGUUCAUGCUUGCAAGCAAAAAGCUUUUUCCAGUGGAUGUUGAGGGAUUCAACAUAAUUCUUAAUGGUUGGUGUAACAUUUGGACCGAUGUGACUGAAGCAAAGAGGAUUUGGCGAGAGAUGGGAAACUACUGUAUCACGCCUAACAAGGACUCUUACAGUCACAUGAUCUCUUGCUUCUCCAAAGUUGGGAACCUUUUUGAUUCUCUCAGGCUCUUCGAUGAGAUGAAGAAACGAGGAUUGGCUCCUGGGAUUGAUGUUUACAAUUCUUUGGUUUAUGUGAUGACCUGUGAGAAUUGUUUUGACGAAGCUAUGAAGCUUUUGGAAAAGAUGAAUGAGGAAGGAUUAAAGCCAGAUUCACUCACCUACAACUCGAUGAUACGCCCCCUUUGUGAGGCUGGAAAGCUUGAUGUAGCAAGGAAUGUUUUGGCAACCAUGAUAAGUGAGAACCUAAGUCUAACAGUCGAUACAUUUCAUGCAUUCCUUGAAGCUGUGAAUUUCGACCAAACUUUAGAGGUUUUAGGCCAAAUGAAGAUCUCUGGUUUAGGUCCUACAGAAGAGACCUUUCUUCUCAUUCUUGGAAAAUUGUUCAAGGAAAAGCAACCGGAAAAUGCUUUGAAGAUCUGGGCAGAAGUGGGUCGUUUUGAGAUAGUGGCUAGUCCAGUUCUUUACUUGGCUACAAUACAGGGCCUUUUGACAUGUGGGGGGAUUGAAAAGGCCAGAGAGAUUUAUUCAGAGAUGAUAUCAAAGGGGUUCCCAGGAAAUCCUAAGCUCCAGAAACUUCUGGAGGAGCAAAAGGUGAAGGGGAUCAGAAAAAGCAAGAGGAUAGAUCUUCAGAAAGUUGGUUCUCAGGGAGGCUUUAAGGGUCAACGAUAAAGAUAUAAAAAAGUAUCAGAAACGGGUCAGACUUGAAGAAUGUGGAUCAUAUGAUCACUCAUGUAUCCGUUACCUCAGGGUCUCCACUCUUCUGAACUGUGAUAUGUGCAAUCUGCACAAGACCAGAAGCUUCGUUCACAGCUCACCUGUCUCAUUUGGCUUGUCUGCUUUCACUACAUCCGCCGUGCGGUUUUCCCAGGAAUCUCUCUCCAGACUACAUGGAAGACGUCAGAAACUAGUGUGAUCCUUGAAUGUUACACGCCCAUGCAUAGCUGCAUGUUGAAGUUACGAGAAGUUAGAAUUACAAUGUGUUAUGAUAUGAACCAGACCGCACAACAGGCAAAGGCUGAGUUCAAUGUGUUUAAAAUGCAAGAUCUCGUUGUUUAUUUUGUGCCAUUACCCAUGAACCGGUGAUGAUUGAUAUGGCCUUGGAUU